CUCUCAUACUCAUUGAGACAAGUUAGUCACUACGACGCCUGGUUGAUGGCUUGAUGCCUCACAGUCAUCAGUUUUAAUUCAACGUUCAACUUGACUGGAUCACAUACGUUUCAGUUACAGUUGAAUCAAGUGAAAGUACAUAUUAACUAAUGUUUUAUCAUCAAUUUUAAACAUACAAAACAUAAGUAGCAAUGCAGAAAAGUGGAUUGGACUUGACUUUACCAGUAUCACUAGAUCUUGGACGAGAGAUAGAAAAUUAUAGAUCAAAUUGCUAGAAUUAUUAGUUAUUAAAAGUUUGCUCCAAUUGAAAUAAAUACAAAUAUAAAUUUAACACGUAUAUUUGUUAUUAAUUUAAAAUAAAAAAAAUUAUUUUUUUUAACGUCUACACAUUGACGUCUAUCACAUCUACAAAAUUUAUCAACAUCAGCAUAUUUUGGAGGAGCUAAAACAACAUCAACAAUGUCGUCAAAUCACUUGUCACACAUUCCAGUACCAAAAUCACCAAGAUUUUUGGCAACACCAAAUAAAUCAACACUUUAUUCAUUAACAAAAAAUAUUAAUAAUAUUAAUAAUAAUAAUAAUAAUAAUAAUAGAAAUAAUUUAAAUAAUCAAAGUGGAGUUUCAGUUGCUGCACAUUUAGCUUCAUUUGAAAGUCUUGAUGCCUCAGUCAAUAAUACAAAUAAAUCAAAAAUUAAAAAAUCAAUAUAUACAACAAAUUUACGUUUUAAUAAUAAUAACAAUAAUAGUAUUGAUAAUAAUUUUAAAAAUCAACAAAGAAAAUUUGAUACAAGACGUCAAUUAUUUGAUAGAAAAAAUGAUAAUAAUGAUAAUUCAACAAGUGAACAGAAUAAUAAAUAUGCACGUGAAAAUCAAGAAUUACAUGUUCAAGUACGUGAAAAAGAUGAAAAACUUGAAAAAUUACGUACAGUGUCAGAGGCAGUUUGUAAAGAGUAUGAACAACUUAAACGUCAAUAUGAAAUUGAAAUGGGAGCGAUGCACAAAGCUAUGCAUCAAGCAUCACAAUGGUACCAACAAAAUCGUCACCUAAAAAGACAAUCACAAGCAUUGGUAUCAAGAUUUUUAGAUUCAAGUCCAGAUGCACUUGCUGAAUUAUAUCCAGAUCAAGUUGAUAAUGAUAAAGAUGAUGUUGAAGAAUUACGUCAAACAAUAACUGAAUUAAGUAGUGAAAUAGCAAAGCUACAAACUGAAUUAAAUUCUGUACGUUUACAAGAAUUUGAAGCACAAGAACAAGCAGCAUUAUCAAAUGAAAAAUGGGAAGAAGAAAAAGAAUUAAGACAAAUAAAUGAUAAUAUUAUUAAACAAUCAAUUGAACAUAAUGAAAAAUUAGAAAAUGUUACAAAAUUAAUGAAUGAACAAUAUCAAGAGUUAAAAAAUCAAUAUGAAAAAGAAAAAUUAAAUACAAUAUUAUAUAAAAAUGAAAUUGAUAAUAUUAAAAAAGAACGUAAUAUAUUAGCACAUCAAAGUGCAAUAUUAAUGAAUGAUACAAAUAAUGAUGAUAAUUUAAAAUACAUUAAUGCAAUACAAGAAAUUGAAAAUUUAAAAAGACAACUUGAAGAUGAAAAAUUGAUGAAUCAACAAAAAAUUGAACAACUAGAAUUAAAAUUAAAAGAUAAUUCUAAAAAUGAUGAAUUUAUAAUUAUUGAAGAAAAACUUAAAUUAGCUGAAUUUGAUUUAAUUCAAGAACGUGCUGAAAUUGCUGAAGCAGAAGUUGAAAGAUUACGAGAAAUUAUAGUUAAUUUAGAGGAAAAAAUUGAUGAAAUUGAAAAUUCCAAAGUUCAAAUAUCACCAGUACCAGCACCACCACCUCCACCUCCUCCACCACCACCACCAUUAUCACAACAAUUUAAUGAUUCAUCAAAUGCAUCAAUUAAAUUAUUAACUAGGGAAAGACUUGACAAUCGUAAUUCAGCAAUUUGUGAUAUGGAAAAUAUUUUAGGAAUUAAAAAAAAACCAUGUGCAGUUCCUCAACAACCAGCAAUUGAUGACAUUAUAAAUCAAAUAAAAGGAGGAAGAUUUACUCUUAAACAAACAGAUAAACAACGAGAUGAUGAACAACGUAAAAAACGUGAAUCACAAACAACACCACCAGCUGUAUCAGAAAUGUUGAGUAUACUUGGAACAAUGAGAAGACGAGCAAGUUCAACACGUCAAUUAUAUAAAUCAUCACAAGAUUUUCAAAUUCAAUCAAAUCAAGGUGCUUAAUUAAUCAAUAAAAAAACUUAUAAAUAUGUACAAAAUGAAAAAUUAAUAAAUAAAACAAAAAGAAAUAAAUAAAAACAUCAAUUGUUUACGUGUAUAAAAUUUACAG